ACUCUCCGCGCGAAUCACCCUGUCGAGCACCGAAGAUCACCUUCGCGAUUAGAACGCGCUGCUUCGAUUAUCGUGCCGCGGUGUUAUCGUGGCGGAUAACGUUGUAACACGAGCCGCAUCAAACAAAGCGUCUCGUUGCGAUCGGUACGCGAGUCGCGUGCAUGCCGAUUGACGACGGGGCGCAAGGGUGUAGGGGCCCUUUCGUGCACGCGUGUGCGUGGCGCGUUAAGGAAAUAUCGGGGCGUAUACGCAGUGAACGCGGUACGUGCUCGACUGGCCGCGCAGACAUCGCUCGUUCCUCGUCCACGUGUUGCUACCACGACAAAGGACCUGCGCGUGUUGCGAAGCGUUUUACAGCGACCUGGCGCAGGGGGCACAUUCCUGUACCGUUGCCUUCUUCCACUCGGGAACGAGAGAUCCAGUUACUCGUAGGUGGAACGCAAUAGUUUCGCAUUUCCUACUUGGCAGUGCCAACCAUGGGCGGGCUAUGGGAUUCUCCCCUCGUUUGCCGUGGCGAGAUCAACAAUUCCUCGUGCAGUAAUUCUUCUCGGCCGAGCCGCAUGCCACCAAUGUUAAGUGGACGAUUUUUAUGGUAUCUGACGUCCCUCGAAACGAUGAACCUUAACGGACGCAGCCCAGGCUCCGUGCUGUUCGCUGGCGAUCGACGGUCGAUUUUCCGAAAUUGGGGGAAAAAGCUAAUGAAAUUGCGAUUAAAGUUUAUCAGUGCUAAGCAAACGUGUUUUUCACGUUCUCCCCGUCGAUCUCGCGUGCAUCGCAUGCAGAGGAGUGCGCAUUAAAACUCGGACCGGCGGUACGACGCGUUAAUUAAAAGCAGGCGUUGUCUCGGAAUUUUGAGCGCGGCCCAGAUGUUGGAGCCCGAUAGGAACGAGAUUAAUAAUAACUUGGGCGAAGUCUCGAAAUUCUUCGUAACACGAGAGUACAAUAUCGUGCCCCUUUUGACGUGGCGUAUUACCAGUUACGUCGAUAAUUAUCGAAUUGAGUGAAAGUUCCUCGGGCGAGUUUUAAUCGAAUAAUGGAUCUGUAACGUUUUCCGCCCGCGUGCGUGCUGUGCCGUAUUGGUAUAACACGAACUUGGGGAGAAAUCCGAAAUACGAGGUAACAGAGUAUCGACACUUGGCUCACGGGAAAGAAAGCAACGCGCGCGAGCGCGAAACGUGCCACGUGCGUGAAACCUGAAUUAUCUCCGCGCGCUUUUAAUCCUCCGUACCGUCCGCUUUUAUUUGCCGGCGCGAUUUCGCGGGUACGCGCGAAAAUGUCACGGCCGCAUAGCCCGAAUAUCUUCGGUAUCGAUAAACAAAGCGGGCCGUCCCGGCUCCCGCAGGACUCACUCAUUAAUUUGCUUUAAUGCACCGCAGCGUCGUGUGAUCCCGUGGGGGCUUAUUAUCAAUUAAAUUACCGAACGCGCCGUAAUUCAAGCGGACAACAAUUAGCGAAUGCGCCAUCACUUUUCCCUCGGCCCGCGUAAGAUAUUCACGUCGUAAGGAAGCCAGGCGUGGCUCUCUCUCACUUAAUUAUUGUAUAGAGAAUAAUCUUGCCCCGCGUGUAAUAAAUAUUCAAUUUUUGUUAUAAAUACUUCGCAUAAACCAUCUAACGAUCUAGAUCU